UCUCGGGGGCCCGGUGGCGGCGGCCGGCCUGUGGGGAGGCGGCCUCGGCGCCCAGUAAUGGCGGCGCGGGGAUCGGGGAGCGCGAGCUGACAGCCGCCGCCGCCCACCUCCUCGCCGUGGGGGGAAGAGCUUGAACCUGUCCCACCGCGGGCCGCCUCCCCUGGCCGGGGAGUCGGGGAGGGGGCUGCCGGCGUGGGGAGACUUCCCCUCCGAUUUCAACACUAAACCUGCACAAUGUCUUUGAAACCAAGAGUGGUAGAUUUUGAUGAAACUUGGAACAAGCUGUUAACGACAAUCAGAGCAGUUGUCAUGCUGGAGUAUGUGGAGAGAGCAACCUGGAAUGAUCGCUUCUCAGAUAUCUAUGCUUUAUGUGUGGCCUACCCUGAACCCCUUGGAGAAAGACUUUAUACGGAAACCAAGAUUUUUUUGGAAAAUCACGUUCGGCAUUUGCACAAGAGAGUUCUGGAGUCAGAGGAGCAAGUGCUUGUAAUGUAUCAUAGGUACUGGGAAGAGUACAGCAAGGGCGCAGACUAUAUGGACUGCCUGUACAGGUAUCUCAACACUCAGUUCAUUAAAAAGAAUAAGUUGACAGAAGCUGAUCUGCAGUAUGGCUAUGGUGGUGUAGAUAUGAAUGAACCUCUUAUGGAAAUAGGAGAGCUGGCAUUGGACAUGUGGCGGAAGUUGAUGGUUGAGCCACUGCAGUCCGUCCUCAUCCGAAUGCUACUCCGCGAAAUCAAAAGUGAUCGCGGUGGAGAAGACCCAAACCAGAAAGUAAUCCACGGGGUUAUUAACUCCUUUGUUCAUGUUGAACAGUAUAAGAAAAAAUUCCCCUUAAAGUUUUAUCAGGAAAUCUUUGAGUCUCCCUUUCUGAUCGAAACAGGAGAGUAUUACAAACAAGAAGCUUCAAAUUUAUUACAAGAAUCAAACUGCUCACAGUAUAUGGAAAAGGUCCUAGGUAGAUUAAAAGAUGAAGAAAUUCGAUGUCGAAAAUACUUAAAUGGAAGCUCAUAUAUGAAAGUGAUUCAUGAAUGUGAGCAGCGGAUGGUAGCAGACCACUUACAGUUCUUGCAUGCAGAGUGUCAUAAUAUCAUUCGACAAGAGAAAAAAAAUGACAUGGCAAAUAUGUAUGUCUUACUCCGUGCCGUGUCCACUGGUUUACCUCAUAUGAUUCAAGAGCUGCAAAACCACAUCCAUGACGAGGGCCUUAGAGCAACCAGCAACCUCACUCAGGAAAAUAUGCCAACACUGUUUGUGGAGUCAGUUUUGGAAGUCCAUGGUAAAUUUAUUCAGCUCAUCAACAUUGUUUUGAAUGGCGAUCAACACUUCAUGAGUGCGUUGGAUAAGGCCCUCACAUCAGUUGUCAAUUACAGAGAACCUAAGUCUGUUUGCAAAGCUCCUGAGCUGCUUGCCAAGUACUGUGACAAUUUGCUAAAGAAGUCAGCAAAAGGGAUGACAGAGAAUGAAGUGGAGGACAAACUCACAAGCUUCAUUACUGUUUUCAAGUACAUCGAUGAUAAGGACGUUUUUCAAAAGUUCUAUGCACGGAUGCUGGCCAAACGUUUAAUUCAUGGAUUAUCUAUGUCCAUGGACUCUGAGGAAGCCAUGAUCAAUAAAUUAAAGCAAGCCUGUGGAUAUGAAUUCACCAGCAAGCUCCAUCGGAUGUACACAGACAUGAGCGUUAGUGCUGACCUCAACAAUAAGUUCAACAAUUUCAUCAAAAACCAAGACACAGUGAUAGAUUUGGGCAUUAGCUUUCAAAUAUACGUCCUGCAGGCUGGCGCGUGGCCUCUGACCCAGGCUCCGUCCUCCACAUUCGCCAUCCCCCAAGAGCUAGAGAAGAGCGUCCAAAUGUUUGAAUUAUUCUAUAGCCAGCAUUUCAGUGGAAGGAAACUCACCUGGUUACAUUAUCUUUGCACAGGUGAAGUGAAGAUGAACUAUCUGGGCAAGCCGUAUGUUGCCAUGGUGACCACGUACCAAAUGGCUGUUCUCCUUGCGUUCAACAAUAGUGAAACCGUGAGCUACAAGGAGCUCCAAGACAGUACUCAAAUGAAUGAAAAGGAGCUGACAAAAACAAUCAAAUCAUUACUCGAUGUGAAGAUGCUUAAUCAUGACUCCUCAGAAAAGGAAGACAUUGAUGUGGAAUCCUCAUUUUCACUAAACAUGAGCUUCAGCAGUAAAAGAACCAAGUUUAAAAUCACUACAUCGAUGCAGAAGGAUACACCACAGGAAAUGGAGCAGACGAGAAGUGCUGUCGAUGAAGACCGGAAGAUGUACCUCCAGGCUGCCAUAGUUCGUAUCAUGAAGGCACGGAAAGUGCUUCGACACAAUGCCCUCAUCCAAGAGGUGAUCAGCCAGUCUAGAGCCAGGUUCAACCCCAGCAUCAGCAUGAUCAAGAAGUGCAUCGAGGUCCUCAUCGACAAGCAGUACAUCGAGCGCAGCCAGGCGUCUGCAGACGAAUACAGCUACGUCGCGUGAGGCCUCACGCCCAGUGCGCACGGAGACCGGUGCCGUUGGUGUGUCCUGUGGGAAGGCGGGCCUGGGCCCAUCACCUGGUCACUCGGCAGCCCCCGUUUCUCUGCUGUUUACAACAUCACCAGUGCCACGUCAUGAGCGUCAAAGAAAAUGCCUAGAGAAGAUUCCAAGCUCAUGUCAUUGUGACAUUUCUUAAAACUCUGUUCAGAGAAUGAGUGAAGUGUUGCUGACAUGUGGAGAUCGGGUCGGGUGCCAUGCUUCUCCCCCUCAUGUUUGCAGUUGAUGUGUCGGUUUUUUUUUUUAAUGUAUCUUAAAGGACAUAAAAUAAUAAAAAAAGAACCUUAAAUAUUGUAAUAUGACAGAUAACCUAAUAAUUGUAUCUACAUUAAAAUGACAAACAUGAUAAUGCUGCUUGUCAAAUAAAA